AACGGGCGAAUUGAGCCACUUUUACUUUCGACGCUGAUCCAGUAUUGGUUCAACCAUUAUAAGCUAGUCAUUGUCCCUGUUGAUCCGGAAGAAAAGCCACUCAAACGAUGGAAGAUCGACAUCCUCGACAAGGGCAUAGAAGAUGACCCCCUUCACGACGUAACCCCCACACCUGGCUGGGAUAGACCUCGCAUAGCCAGAGGUCUUCAGGACAGAGAAUUGGUAUUCCUCAACGACAAGAGACCGGCUGCACGGUUUCUGUGUUUUCGUUUCAUUAUGGCACUUCUCCGCUUGAAGGAUACCAAAGCGGAGAGCUGGAAAGACGCCCAGGCAAAGUACUUGUCCCGUGACCCGUUCCCCAGCCCUUCUUCACUUGCUACCUCCUUGAGGGGCAACACCCUUCUCUCCGCACUUCAUCAUGGGCCACACCCAUUCAAUAUCUGUUAG